AUGGAUCAGAGCCAGCUUGAGGGAUGGACAAGGGCAACUGCCGUCCAAGUGCUCCAGGUCUUCCUGGAAAACUCGUCUACGGACUCGGUGCAGGGUUUCUGCAGCUUCGCUUUGCGGAACACGCUGCCGGACGGGACCAGUCUCGGCUCCUGGUCGGAUCAGGAAAAUUUCCGGCACCGGAUACUGCUGGCCUUUGCGCAGUGGACCAGCUCUAAAGCGCGCCAGUUGGACGAUCAUGUGCCUCUACAGAACCACAUGCCCAAUGUGCACUGCAGCACCUCCUUGAACAAUUAUGUGAACCAAGAGCACGCCGGAAUCGCAGAUGCUGCUAUCAGUGAGUUCAUCUACCAUGUUGCGAUUCGACUGCUCGGGCCAGAUGCUGCCUGCUUCGGGAACGCCUUGGGUGGAUUCUUCGCCCGCGGAGGAUUCUCUGCUCUCCGCGGGGAUGGCACCAGCAGCGCCCUCUCUGAGUACCCGGCCCUGGUCCUGUCUGACAUGGUCAGGUACUUGGAAGAGAUCCAGGCGAAAGUCUUGAAGGUUGCACAGGAGCUGACACCGAAUGAACUUGCUGGAAGCCUUUUGAUGGAGUUCUGCCACUACUUCACGGUCAUCACGACCUUCUCUCAACAGAGCCAGAUGCUUCAAUUCCGCCUCCAGGCUCACGAGAACGUGGAUGAAGCUUUCCAAACCUCCGAGUUCCGCAUCCAGCUCAUUGACUCCUGUGGAAGCCUGAUGAGCAUGCUCCAGCACAUCGAGCAAGUUUACAACCGCAACCAGAGCCUCACAGUGGCCGUGGAUUUUGAGGGCGUGGACUUGUGUCGCACAGGUGAGCUAUGCCUUGUCCAGAUGACAUGCGAUGACGAUCCAACCCUAGUGUAUGUCCUAGACGUGCACGUCUUGGGUCAAAAGACCUUCCACCUUGCCACGCCAACAGGGAUGUCCAUGAAGUACUUGCUGGAAGAUCACCAGAAUGUCACCAAGCUUUGGUUCGACCCUCGCAAUGAUGUCGAUGCUCUGUACCACCAAUUCGGAAUCACGCCGAGAAACGUCAUGGACCUGCAGCUCGCCGAGGUCGCAAUCCGCAGGAGUCAGGGCCAUGUCGUCAAGUUCGUGACCGGACUUCAGAGGUGCCUGCAGCAGUCGGACCAGCUGAGCCACGAUCAGGUGAGCUGUGCGCAGGACAUCGACAAUCGGGCGAAGAGCUUGUUCGAGCCGAAGUUCGGUGGCCGAUAUGAGACCUUCCAAGAGCGGCCCUUGCGAGACGUUAUCCUGAUGUAUGCGGCCCAUGACUCCAGGUACAUGCUCCUCUUGUACCAGUACUACAUUCAAAAGCUUACAGAGGAGUGGUAUGGACGAGUGCUGGCUGGAAGCAGUGAGCGGGCGAAGUGGUUUCAGCAUACCGACUACAAGCGUCCUGGCACU